CGAGUUACAGUUUAGGUCUGUGCUGUCAAUUAUAUGAGUGUGCUGGCUGUUUGUUGCAUCUUUUAAUCACAGAUUGAGGAUUGAGCUCAGCAAAGUAUUCGAUCCUAGGUCUUUUUCUGAUUGCGUACAUGUUACAUUCUCUCGUGUCUUCGGUGUUGAAGACGAUAAUAUCAGUGUCAGAAAUCUUCAACUGAAGCUCUUAUGAACGAAUUGGCAUGCUUUUGCGACGCAUUGCUCCCUCCGGUUGACAGUCAAGUUCAUUACCACAGAUGGACGACGGCUUAGUCUACGAGGAUGAUGGACUUCCGAAUAAGGGUGAUGGAAGCGCACAUCAUCAGUGGCCAAAGAACAGGAUUUUCGAUGGUAAGAUGCGAAACCAGUGUUGGCAGAAGGCGGACGUAGUGCCGGGGCGGCAUCCCGAACGAUGGAGGAAAGACGUAGCAGGGAAUAUUGUGUGCCGGAGACUCACUCGUUGUGAAGGCUGCCUUUGUUAUGAGUAUGAUCACGUCCGCCCCUUCUCUAAAGGUGGACAAACGACAGUCGAUAAUUGUCAAAUAUUGCAAUCCCGUGUCAACAGGAUGAAGAGCAACCGAAGUGAUUUGGCUAGCGAUGACCUGAAACAGUUCUCCUGCGAUUUGAAGUUUACAGAUAAGGAACUUGAUUUGAUAGAGAUGGGUGUGUAUGGGAACGUUAUACGGCCAGGCCUUCAAUGCAAAUGCAAGAGUGUAGCGGAGACUCUAGGGACUGCUCUGAGCAAGCAGAAGGGACCUGAAAUGUCAUCCUGUAAGCUUCCUCACAGUUCUGCAUCGUAACCCUAUUCAUGGAAUCCUCCACGCCAGCAUUGCUUGGUCUGAUUUAAGCCUUGCAAUUGGUCCCCAGCAUGACUAUCAAUAAUUCAUUUUCUGCAAGCAUGCCCUUACCAGUUAGAUUUCUUCAACGAAGCUUUGGGUUAAUUAGGUCACAAACUGAGAGAUAGAAGAAUGAUUCUCCUUCAGGUUAGCCCAAAUUUAGAAUAUCAACGUACUCUACCUAUCAAUUAUUCUGGAAUUUACUUACCGUUGCAUCCAGCAAGUUUUUAAGUCUCAUUGGUUACCACCUAAUGCCUGCUAGAGUGUGGCCAGUAUCUGGCAAGAUGUUUUAGGUGUUUGACAUUGUAUGCACAAACUAAUGAAUGUUAAUGUGCUUUUUUAAAA